AUGGGCGCCAAGGAGUCCCGCAUCGGUUUCCUCAGCUACGACGAGGCCCUGCGAAGGGUUACAGACAUAGAGCUAAAACGGCUGAAAGAUGCUUUCAAGAGAACUUGUGGACUCUCAUAUUAUAUGACUCAACAGUGCUUCAUCAGGGAAGUUCUUGGUGAUGGAGUCCCUCCAAAAGUUGCUGAGGUUAUCUACUGUUCAUUUGGAGGAAUAUCCAAAGGGCUGCACUUCAAUAAUUUGAUAGUUGGAUUAGUUCUACUUACAAGAGGCAGAGAGGAGGAGAAAGCAAAAUACAUUUUCAGUCUCUUUUCUAAUGAAUCUGGGAGCUAUGUUGUCCGUGAAGAGAUGGAGAAGAUGCUGCAUGUGGUUGAUGGGAAAGUCCCAGAGUCGCUCAAGAAAUGUUUCUCUGAGAGUGAAAAGGUGAAUUAUGAGAAGUUCAGGGUUUGGCUAUUGCACAACAAAGAUGCUUUCACGUUUUCCCGUUGGCUGCUGUCUGGAGGUGUGUAUGUGACACUCACUGAUGACAGUGACACUCCUACCUUCUACCAGACCCUGGCUGGAGUCACACACUUGGAAGAAUCUGACAUCAUCGAUCUAGAGAAGCGCUACUGGCUGCUGAAAGCUCAGUCAAGAACUGGACGUUUCGAUCUAGAAACAUUUGCCCCUUUGGUUUCCCCUCCUAUUCAUCCAUCUCUGAGUGAAGGUUUGUUUAAUGCUUUUGAUGAAAACCGAGACAAUCACAUAGAUUUUAAAGAAAUUUCCUGUGGGCUCUCAGCAUGUUGCAGGGGACCCUUGGCAGAAAGACAGAAGUUUUGCUUCAAGGUUUUUGACAUUGACCGGGAUGGGGUCUUGUCUCGCACCGAGUUGAAGGACAUGGUGGUGGCACUCCUAGAGGUCUGGAAAGAUAAUCGUACUGAUAAAAUACCUGAAUUGGACAUGGAUUUGUCUGAGAUUGUAGAAGAUAUUUUGAAUAUGCAUGAUACCACAAAGCUUGGACACCUCACUCUGGAGGACUACCAGAUAUGGAGUGUGAAGAGCGCACUUGCCAAUGAAUUUUUAAAUCUACUGUUUCAGGUGUGUCAUAUAGUUUUGGGGCUACGACCUGCCACUCCAGAAGAGGAAGGCCAGAUUAUUAGAGGCUGGCUGGAAAGAGAAAGCAGGUAUGGCCUUCAGCCAGGGCACAACUGGUUCCUGAUUGCAAUGCCAUGGUGGCACCAGUGGAAAGAGUAUGUCAAAUAUGAUGCAAACCCUGUUGUGAUAGAGCCUUCAUCUGUCUUGAAUGGAGGUAAGAAUUCACUCGUAGCUGCUGCAGCUUCAGAACAGGGAGAAGACAAAAUGGGAGGUCUUAAUAACUUCAGUGCAUCAGAAGAAAAGUUUUCAGAUAAUGUUUCUACUGCAUCAGAAGCUUCAGAGACCACUAGCAGCAAUGCUCUUUACCCUGGCACACCAGGGACUGAUGUCUGUUUUGCUAGGCAGCAUAAUACUUCAGACAACAAUAACCAGUGUUUCCUUGGAGCCAAUGGGAAUAAUUUGCUACAGCUUAAUCCUCAGAAACCAGGAGCUAUUGAUAACCAACCCCUAGUAACACAAGAACCAGUGAAGGCUGCCUCGUUAACAAUGGAGGGUGGAAGAUUAAAGAGAUCUCCACAGCUGAUAGAAGGAAAGGACUAUGUCAUGGUACCUGAGCCAGUUUGGAGAGCACUGUACCAUUGGUAUGGAGCAAAUCUGUCCUUGCCCAGGCCGGUGAUCAAAAACAGCAAAACAAAUGUGCCUGAACUGGAGCUAUUUCCUCGCUACCUGCUCUUCCUGAGACAGCAGCCUGCCACUCGAACACAGCAGUCCAACAUCUGGGUGAAUAUGGGUAUGAUGAGCCUGAGAAUGUUUCCUCAGCAUUUACCUAGAGGCAAUGUGCCCUCCCCGAAUGCGCCCCUGAAGAGGGUGCUGGCCUACACGGGCUGCUUCAGCCGCAUGCAGACCAUCAAGGAGAUCCACGAGUACCUGUCGCAGCGGCUGCGCAUCAAAGAGGAGGACAUGCGCCUCUGGCUGUACAACAGCGAGAACUAUCUUACUUUGCUGGAUGAUGAAGAUCACAGACUGGAGUAUCUUAAAAUCCAAGAUGAGCAGCAUUUAGUAAUAGAAGUGCGAAACAAAGACAUGAGCUGGCCAGAAGAGAUGUCUUUUAUAGCAAACAGCAGUAAAAUUGACAGACAUAAAGUUCCUACUGAAAAGGGUGCUACUGGACUGAGCAAUCUGGGUAACACGUGCUUCAUGAACUCCAGCAUCCAGUGUGUCAGUAACACCCAGCCUCUCACACGCUAUUUCAUCUCAGGAAGACACCUUUAUGAGCUUAACAGGACAAAUCCAAUAGGAAUGAAAGGACACAUGGCCAAGUGCUACGGGGAUUUGGUUCAGGAGCUGUGGAGUGGAACUCAGAAGAACAUUGCACCCUUAAAGCUGCGGUGGACAAUAGCAAAAUAUGCUCCAAGAUUUAAUGGCUUCCAACAGCAAGACUCACAGGAGCUUCUGGCUUUUCUUUUGGAUGGUCUUCACGAGGAUUUGAACAGAGUUCAUGAUAAGCCAUAUGUUGAGCUGAAAGAUAGUGACGGUCGACCAGACUGGGAAGUAGCAGCAGAGGCCUGGGAAAACCAUCUAAGAAGAAACAGAUCCAUUGUUGUAGAUUUAUUUCAUGGGCAGCUGAAGUCACAAGUGAAAUGUAAAACUUGUGGACAUAUAAGUGUUAGAUUUGACCCUUUUAAUUUUUUAUCCUUGCCUUUGCCAAUGGAUAGCUACAUGCACCUUGAAAUCACAGUAAUUAAAUUAGAUGGUACUACUCCUGUUCGGUACGGCCUCAGGUUGAACAUGGAUGAAAAGUACACAGGUCUGAAAAAACAGUUAAGUGAACUCUGUGGGCUAAAACCAGAACAGAUUCUACUUGCAGAGGUGCACAGCUCCAACAUCAAGAACUUUCCUCAAGACAACCAGAAAGUCCGGUUAUCAGUGAGUGGGUUUUUGUGUGCAUUUGAGAUACCAAUUCCAGGGUCUCCUACAUCAGCAUCAAGUCCUGUGCAAACAGAUGUCUCAACUGGGCCAUCAGCUAAUGGAACACCCAACAUAAUGAUGAAUGGGGACCUUCCCAAACCAACUCUAAUUCCAAAUGGGAUGCCAAAUACUGUAGUGCCAUGUGGGACCGAGCGGAACCACACCAGCUGGACUCCCAACGGUCACCUGCCCUCGCUCUCUGACAGUCCCUGCACAGGGUACAUCAUUGCAGUCCACAGGAAAAUGAUGCGGACAGAACUAUACUUCCUCUCAUCUCAGAAGAAUCGUCCCAGUCUCUUUGGAAUGCCACUCAUUGUUCCCUGCACAGUCCAUACACGCAAGAAGGACCUAUAUGAUGCAGUGUGGAUUCAGGUUUCCAGGCUGGCUAGCCCUCUCCCACCUCAGGAAGCUAGUAACCAUGCACAGGACUGUGAUGAUUCCAUGGGUUAUCAGUAUCCAUUCACCCUGAGGGUAGUUCAGAAGGAUGGAAAUUCUUGUGCUUGGUGUCCAUGGUACAGAUUUUGCCGUGGCUGCAAAAUUGAGUGCACAGAUGACAGAGCUUGUGUGGGGAAUGCCUGCAUUGCUGUAGACUGGGAUCCCACAGCACUGCACCUGCGCUACCAGACCUCCCAGGAACGGAUUGUAGAAGAACAUGAAAGUGUCGAACAAAGCCGCCGAGCUCAGGCAGAGCCCAUCAAUCUGGACAGCUGUCUGAGAGCCUUCACCAGUGAGGAAGAACUGGGGGAGGAUGAGAUGUACUACUGUUCCAAGUGCAAGACCCAUUGUUUGGCCACCAAAAAACUGGAUCUUUGGAGACUCCCCCCUAUUUUGAUCAUUCACCUGAAAAGAUUUCAAUUUGUAAAUGGGCGCUGGAUAAAAUCCCAGAAAAUUGUUAAAUUUCCCAGAGAAAAUUUUGACCCAAGUGCCUUUUUGGUACAAAGGGAUCCAAAUCACUUCCAGAGAAAGCAGCUGACCUUCCAGGUCGACAGCCUUCCUGAACCACGGACUCUCCAAGGGGAGCCUAGGAAAAUAGAUCUGCAGAUCACUUAUACAGCAGGAGAAGGAGAUUCGCUGAACAGGAGUCCAUCCUCCCUUAACACUACAGUCUUGAAUAACAUCAAAGCAUCUCCAUCUCUGGGGAGGAAAAGUGGCACCAGCUGUCCUUCAAGUAAAAACAGUAGCCCAAACAGUAGCCCAAGGACUUUAGGAAGAGGUAAAGGGCGUCUGCGGCUACCACAGCUGGGCAAAAACAAACUGUCGAGUAGCAAAGAGAAUUUGGAUACCUGCAAGGAGAAUGGUACUGACCAGGAGCAGAGGCUUACUGCUGACCAAGGGGAUGCUCUCAGCAGGGGGCAGGUUUUGAGUGGUAGCCAGGGUGAACUCUACACCACUCAGGACAGCGAGGUGACUCUAGCCAAUGGCUACAUCUGCGAGCAGAGCGCAUACAGCAACGGCAGCAUCAACGGGCAGCUGGACAACCAGAGUGAGGAUGACACUGCAGAUGACCAAAGAGAUGAAGUCUGUGUCAACCCCAUUUACAAUCUAUAUGCAAUCUCGUGCCAUUCAGGAAUUCUGGGAGGGGGUCAUUAUGUCACUUAUGCCAAAAACCCGAACAACAAGUGGUACUGCUACAAUGACAGUAGCUGUAAGGAGCUGCAUCCCGAUGAGAUCGACACCGACUCUGCCUACAUUCUCUUCUACGAGCAGCAGGGGGUAGACUAUGCACAAUUUCUGCCAAAGAUAGAUGGCAAGAAGAUGGCAGACACGAGCAGCAUGGACGAGGAUUUUGAGUCAGACUACAAAAAGUACUGUGUCCUACAGUGAGCUGAGGCUGAGAACCUGAGGGAAGAUGUCCUGAC